AUGUGGACUGCGACCCUCCUUCUUUGUUUUGGAAAUAUUCUUGUUGGAUCACAGGCCAACAAUCAGCAUCCAGAACCAUUUGCUGUAAAUGAGCCCUCAGAAACAACCUCCUCUGGUCUUUUAAUAGAAGAAACAGAGAAAUACAACAGCUCAGUUUAUCCAACCCAAGCACCUGGAGCAAAAAUGCCAAAUCCUCCCAUGUGCUCAGAGCCAGCUAGAAUCAGAGACACCUUCAAAUAUGUCAAUAUCAUGGUCUCUCUGCUUGUGUUUAUUGUUGGAAUAGUGGGAAAUUCAGCUUUACUUAAAGUCAUAUACGUGAACAAAAACAUGAGAAGUGGACCUAAUAUUAUCAUUUGGAGUCUUGCUUUGGGGGAUCUGAUCCACAUUGUGAUAGACAUUCCAAUCAACUCAUACCGGCUCAUGGCAGAGGAUUGGCCCUUCGGUUUAGUACUAUGCAAACUUGUCCCCUUCAUCCAGAAAACUUCUGUUGGGAUUACUGUGUUGAGUUUAUGUGCUUUAAGUGUUGACAGAUACCGCGCUGUAGUUUCCUGGAAUCAAAUCAAAGGCAUCUGGGUUUCUUUGUGGACGGCUAGUGAAAUAACCCUGAUAUGGAUUAUUUCUAUCCUGCUGGCUGUCCCCGAAGUUGUCGGCUUUGAUAUGAUAACAAUGGACUAUAAAGAAAAGCAUCUGAGAAUAUGUCUGCUUCAUCCUAUGCAAACCACACAGUUCAUGCAGUUUUAUAAAGCUGUAAAAGACUGGUGGCUCUUUGGCUUCUACUUUUGCAUGCCACUGGCUUGGACUGCAGUUUUCUACACACUGAUGACCAGGAAGAUGUUGAAAAAUACUGAGAGGACAUUAAGCGAACACAUCAAACAGAGGCGAGAAGUUGCAAAAACCGUCUUCAGCUUGGUGAUUGUGUUCGCACUUUGCUGGUUGCCUCUAUACCUAAGCAGAAUCUUAAAAUUAACCAUGUAUGAUGAGAGAGAUCCUAAUAGGUGUCAGCUACUGAGCGUCUUCCUUGUCCUUGACUAUUUUGGCAUUAAUAUGGCAUCAUUGAAUUCAUGCAUCAACCCUAUUGCACUGUACAUAGUCAGCAAAAGAUUCAAGAGAUGUUUCAAGGCAUGUCUGUGCAGUUGGUGUCCACCUCUUCAAGCAGAUACCCGUGACGAGGCGCAGGCUGUUUUGAAGUCCAGAAUGCAGGAUCAAGCCUCAGAGCAGAGCUGCAACAUCAAAGCUCCCAAGGAGGCUUCCACACCUCCACCUGUUAACACCUUACUGUGUUAA